AUGACUCGCAAUGGUCUUCAGCUCUUUCUUGUUGUGCUUCAGGUGCUCUACAUCUGGGUCAAUGGCUCGAAACAAAAAGAAGUUGCUCAAGCCCGACUUCUAUGCACCAGCUUGAUCCCGAGACGACGAAGGCAUGGUACAGGUAUCAUCACCCCAGUAGAGACGUACGUGCGUCACGAUUCGCUGGCGUGA